AUGGCACCUACUCUUCCUCAGUUCAAUCCUGCUAGGCUGCGGUCCUAUGUCUUCCGUAUUCCACUCUUUACACGCAUCAUUUUACUUCUUAUCAUACUGUUCUGGAUCCUAGAGUUUCAGACCGCGUGGGACAUUGCACAAUGGGGGGCGUUAGUGCCUUUGGAAGUCAACUUAGGCACAAUGUACCGGCUGAAUACAUAUCCUUUGAUCCAUUUAGGCUUCCUUCAUGCCCUUCUCAAUACCGUGGCGCUUGCUCCACUCUUAGAAAGAUUUGAAGCCGACCAUGGCACACUCUUAACCGCAGCGAUGUUUGUUGGGCCAUUAUCCACUCUCCCCGCGGCUGCUUAUCUUUUGAUCGAACGUGGGCUUUUGAGGGGAAAUACAGCGGUCAUGGGCGCAAGUGUCUGGGUUUUUGUACUUCUCGGCGCAGAGGGCAUCAAAGCAUUCAGGGCGAAUCCGUACUUUGCUAUUGGCACAAGUCGCAUACCGACGUGGACCACUCCGCUCCUGGCACUUGUCUUCGUCACCGCACUCGUACCAAAUACAUCCUUUCUUGGCCAUCUUUGCAGCGUCGGCAUCGGCUAUAUCUAUGGCCUAGGUUACCUCAAGAUCCUUGCACCUCCUGAAAAGAUUCUUCGUUGGAUCGAGGGCAAAUUAAACCUCCUCGGUCGCCUUCCGCAUUAUGUCUCUAUAGACCAGAAAACAUAUGGAAGGUAUGGCGUGCUGCCGACUACGAACGCGCCUAGCGUGGACGGCGUAAAUGAGGGCUCAUACAUCGGAUCCACGGAAAGACUAGGGCCAUAG